UGGAAACAUCAUUCAAACUCAUGCCCAGCUGUUGUUGAAAAAUAAAUGGAGGAAGAACUCCAGCAACUACGCACAAAUGCGUCAUCAGAUUUGAUGACUGAUGAGGAUUUCAUUGCCACAAUUGAGUCGAUGGGCGUGGAAGCACAGGAACGGGAGAUAAAUGAUUUAUUGAAGGCAAUGCACGAGAACCGAAUUGUUUCUUGGGAUGAAGCAGAGCGAAUUCUUAUGGAGACCGAUCAGACACCUAUAAAAUGCAGUUUACCAGAACAAACAAGACCUACAGAACCAGAAAACGAGGUGGAUGUUGAUCAAUGCAUCAAAAAACUAUUGGAUAAUGAUCCUUCGCUGAAAGAAAUCAACCUGAAUAAUAUGAAGAGAACCCCUGUCCCAGCAAUCAAACGAUUAUUGGAGGCGCUUGCUUACAAUGAACAUUGUGAAAGAAUAUCCCUUGCCAACAUGGGAUUGUACGACCAUGAUAUAAAUGUUCUCGUCACUGUAAUCGAAAUGAAUCAAGCUAUCAAAAAAGUGAAUUUGGAGACCAACUAUCUCAGUGGAGACUUCUUCUCAAAACUUUUUAAAGCUGCUUUGGUGAAUGAAUCCGUGGAAGAGAUUAAAGCAGUAAAUCAAGGAGUUUCGUUUUCAACACAAUCUGAAAAAGAAAUCAUUGAUGCUAUUGUUAAAAAUCAUGGACUUACAAAGAUCUCAAUUAAUUUUCGGUUACCAGAAGGAAGACACAAAGUUGAAAAUGCAACGUUAAGAAAUGGCGAGCUCAAAAGAGUGAAACGACGAGAAGCCGCUCAAAAAGCACGAUUGGAAGCUGAGGAACUUGCUAAAAACCCGGUUCCAAAACUGGCACCGGAGCCCAAAAAAGAGCCCGAGCCGAAGAAAAUGGCUCCAAAGAUUCCACCUGCCGUCCCAAAAUCGUUGGUGUCACCGGAACCGAAACCAUCCCUAGCGCCAAAAGCUGCUCCGGUCAUUGCAACAGCUCCUCCAAAGUCUACUAUUUUAAUGAAACAACUAUCUUUCCAAAGAGCAAGUCGAGAAUCUGAAGAGGAUACUGAGUUUGUACCUCCACCUGCAGUACCAGAGCCACCUAAGAAAUUGGCUAUCCCGAAAACUUUUAUGAAGAAGGAAGAGACACCAUCUUUUCAAAAAGUUGCAAAGAGGCCUACGCGACAGUGGGAACCAAAGAAACAAGAAUCAUUGGAACAAGAAGAACAUAAGGAAACUGUGAAAGAAGAAGUUAAGAAAGAAGAGGUUAAGGAAAAAGUUCCCGCAAAAGUUGAAAGGAAACACUGGGAGCCCAAAGUUGCACCAGCUCCAGUUAUUGAUGGUUAUGCUCCAAUUCUUGAUGUUUCCGGGAAUGCUGCUCCAUCAACUGCAAAGCCAAAACUUGACGGAGCACCUAUACGUGCUAAACGACCUCCUAUCACUGCUAAAAAUAUUUGGGAGCAACGAAUGGCAAAGAUUGAGAAGAAAGAGGAAAAGAAGAAGCCGUUACUUUCUAUUCAAAAAAUUAGAGAAAUGGAGAAAAAUGAUGUGAUCAAAAAAGAAGAGGACGAUCGAUUGGAGCAACUUUUGAAAAAAGAAAAAGAACCAAAAAAGCUAAACAAUGAGCACAGAAAGCUAUUUGAAAAUGGAAAUGUUGCACAGAAGAAGCCGGAACCAAGACGGCAUGUUCAGAAGCUCAUUGCAAAGAAACCAAACUCAAUUCUGAAUCAAACAGAACCCACAAAAAUAGAGGGACCGGAUAAGCAAGAAACCCGACCAACUACAGUAAUCCGGCGUACUGUAAUACGAAAAAAAGAAGAAAUGGUUCCAUCUGAAAAACCAGAAGUUUCUGAAAAUGAGAAGCCAAAACGAAGAUUGGUUCGAAAGAAGAAAGUGGUUGAAGGAGAUGGGAUGAACGGAACAAAUGGGCAUCAAUCACAUUUGACAAGUGCUCCACCACAAGCAGUUCAUUGAUUUUUGUAUAAACCGCUAUAUUAUUUUGAUAUUUCUCCUCAUUUUUUCCAAUUGAAUUUUACUAACUUUCAAGAAAAAUAACUUCUUGAUGUAAUUAUUGAUCACCAAAAAUCCUCUGCCUUUCUUGUGAUACAAACAUGUACUUUACUUUUUUUUUCCAAUUUAACUUUAUUUUAAAAUUUUCCCACACAUUUCUUGUUUUAAUUUCCGAAACAAGAAAUUUUCUAACCGCAUUCUUGCUCAACCUGUCAUCCACUUCUUCUUGAUAAUUUUCACUGUCCAAUAACUUAUUAUUGAAUGAACCUUCUUCCAGAAAU